AUGCGCGUGCUCGCUGUCGACGACGACCCGCUUUGCCUCAUGAUUCUCGAGCGAAUGCUGCGACAAUGCUCAUACUCAGUGACGACAUGCAGCCGCGCGGCGACGGCGCUGUCUUUGCUCCGGGAGAACCGCGACCGAUUCGACCUGGUGAUUAGCGACGUGUACAUGCCCGACAUGGACGGCUUUAAGUUGCUCGAACUCAUCGGCCUCGAGCUCGACCUUCCUGUUAUCAUGAUGAGCGCGAACGGGGAGACGAGCGCGGUGAUGAAGGGCAUAACGCACGGCGCGUGCGACUACCUCUUAAAGCCCGUGCGCAUCGAGGAGCUGCGCAACAUCUGGCAGCACGUCGUGCGCAAGCGCACCACUCCGCGCGACGCCGGCGCAAGGGACGCGGAUGCCGCCGGCGAGUGGGACGAGGUCAAACCCGGCACGUCCGUUGCUGUUGCUGGGGACGCUGGCGGCGGCGGUGGCGGCGGCGGCGGCGGGCGGGGAGGGAUAAACGACGGAGGUUUCGGGGAUGGAGGGGCAGCAGGAGGGGGGAUGGGGGGUGGAGGCGGAGGGGGAGGCGGAAGGGGAGAGGGGGGCGGGGAGGGCGGGGAGAGUGACGGCGAGGUGGGGGGCAAGCGCAAGAAGGAGGAUGCGGUGGAGGAUGCGAUGAUGCUGAAGAAGGCGCGCGUGGUGUGGUCUAUCGAGCUGCACCAGCAGUUCGUUAACGCUGUCAACCGGCUCGGCGUUGACAAGGCGGUGCCGAAGCGAAUAUUGGAGAUUAUGAACGUCCAGGGACUCACUCGAGAGAACGUCGCCUCCCAUCUGCAGAAGUACCGCCUAUACCUAAAGCGGCUAAGCGGGGUGAACCCACAGCCGCACCCAGUGGCCUCCUUCCAAGCCACAGAGGGCAGUGCGUUCGGGGGCACGCUGCACGUGCAGCUACCCGGCUCACGCUCCUCCAAAACCCCCUCCAUGAGCCUCUCUGAUGCGGUUGCUGCUGCUGCCGCCGCUGCUGGUGCUGGGGGCGGGCUGGGCGGCGCCGGUGGGAUUGGGGCUUCGGAGCUUACAGAGGCUGGGGCAGGAGGGAGGUCUGUGAGGGAUGAGUAUGGGUUGGUGGCGCGGGGGUUGGCGUCGCAAGGAGUGGAUACUGACCUCUCGUUGUUGCAUCAGCUUAUGGGGCAACAACAGGGCGGGAGGAAUGGGGGAAUAACGCACUAG